AUGUUUCCCCAAGGUUGGCCGUGCCUAGGCGGCCUGAGCCUGCGCCAGGCUGUCGCAGCCGGGCCUGAGCUUGCAACAUUGACUACCGGAUUAAGCCCAAGUUUUAUCCGUCAGCAACAGCCUUUUAAUCACAUUAAUUGGACACAUAAACCACACCGGAAUAAAAAUGAUGCUGGCGUUCGUAUUACCCGAAUUGGCCUAUACUCAAAUCUUGGUAUGGCAAUUGCAAAAGGAGCUGGUGGUUACUUAUUUAAUUCCAAAGCAAUGGUUGCCGAUGCAAUUCAUAGCUUAACAGAUCUCGCAUCUGAUAUUCUGACUUUGGCUACUAUAUCUUGGAGUUUGAAACCCCCCACGGAUAAAUAUCCUACUGGGUUUGGAAAGAUCGAAAGUUUAGGAUCGUUGGGUGUGUCGAGCAUGCUUCUUUUCGGAGGUCUUUAUAUGGGUUACGGCAGUCUCUUAACGCUCUAUGGUCACUUUUUCCUUGAUCCGGCCUCUGCAGCAGAGUUGAUGGCACACGCGCAUACACACAGUCACAGUCAUGGUCAUGAACAUGGUGCCGAUGUAAUACCCAGUCUGCAUGCUGCAUGGUUAGCUGCGGGCACGGUUGCCAUUAAGGAGUGGUUGUAUCAUGCAACUAUGAAAGUUGCUCGCGAACGAAAGUCAUCGGUCCUCGCCUCGAAUGCCGUCCACCACCGAGUCGAUAGUCUCACUGGUAUUGUUACGUUGGCAGUGAUCUUAGGUGCAAACUUGGUAGAAAAUGCAGCAUGGUUAGAUCCUGUCGGGGGUCUCCUGAUAUCCUUGAUGGUGGUGAAGGCUGGAGUUGAGAACACUAUGGCGGCUUUUCUCGAAUUGGCCGAUAAGAGUGUUGAUGACGAAGUCAAAGCUUCGGUCCGAAAACAGGUCCAGAGAGCUUUCUCAGAUAUUCCUGAGGGGCAUGAGAUAGAGCUCCGCGGUGUCACAGGUAUCAAGUCUGGUCAGAACUACCUGGUGGAUUUAGAGGUAGCCGUGCCGGGAAGCUGGACGGUAGAAGCUGUUAGCGAAAUGGAGAACCAAAUCAGAACUCGGGUCGGCAGCAAGGUACGAGGCGUCCGCAGGGUACGCGUCCGUUUCCUGCCUAAGGAUAGCGUUACCCCCAAGUUUGACGAAUUCAUCCCUGGCGACGGUGGGGAGUGGGGCAUAGCAAUUGUAAUUGCUUCGGAUCUCAAAGUUAUCUCCGAAGCCAAAGUCGACUUCGACGCCGAUUUUGCUGCCAAGUAUAAGAUCAAGAAAGGCGUUCAAACAAAUGAGGAUGAGGGCGAAGUAUAUGCACCCGUGGCCAUGUGGGUUGAGGCCGUAGACCUCGUUCUAACCCGGCUGAAGGAGAAGGGUUGCCCUGUCGAGCAUAUUAAAGGCAUUAGCGGUUCUGGUCAGCAGCAUUCAAGCGUCUACUGGAGCGAACAUGCUGAGUCUGCCUUAAAGACACUCGAUAGUGGGAAAUCCUUACUCGACCAGCUGUCCAAUGCCUUCGCCUACGAGUUCGCGCCGAACUGGCAAGACCAUAGCACCCAGACUGAAUGUGAUCACUUCGAUGUUCACCUGGGCUCCAAGCAGAAGCUGGCCGAUGCCACAGGGAGCGCUGCUCAUCAUCGUUUUACGGGUACACAAAUUCUAAGAAUGCGAAGGCGACGUCCUGAGGUCUACAGCAAAACUGCUCGCAUCUCGCUCGCCUCUUCAUUCUUAGCCUCCUUAUUUUUAGGAGCCAUUGCGCCGAUAGACAUAAGCGACGUUACCGGUAUGAAUCUAUGGGAUAUCGCCGGCGAGAAGUGGAAUGAGUCACUCCUAGAGUUGACAGCAACUAAGGAGGGUGUACCCGAGCUGCGGAAGAAGCUUGGUGAUGUACCACUGGACGGCGGUGGCAGCCUAGGUGGCGUUUCCUCGUACUUUGUAAAACGGUACGGAUUCAGCCCCGACUGCCAAAUCGCGCCUUUUACGGGUGACAAUCCCGCGACGAUCUUAUCGUUACCUUUGCGACCACAUGAUGCGAUCGUCUCGCUAGGCACGUCUAGUACGUUCCUUAUGAAUACCCCUAGCUAUAAGCCUGACCCCUCGUAUCACUUCAUGAAUCACCCCACCACAAAGGGACACUUCAUGUUCAUGCUGUGCUACAAGAACGGUGGCCUAGCUCGCGAGAAGGUCCGCGAUAAUCUUCCUAAACCGUCGGGCUCAGACCCCUGGGAGAAUUUCAACAAGCAGGUGUUAGAGACACCACCGUUAGACGUCAAGAAGGAAGGCGACAAGGCCAAGCUGGGCCUAUACUUCCCGCUACCGGAAAUCGUGCCGAAUAUCAAGGCGGGUACCUGGCGGUACACUUGCAACAGCGCAGAUGGCUCGGACCUAAAGGAGACGUCAGACUGGGGCGCCGAGGCAGACGCCCGCAUAAUCGUCGAGUCCCAGGCUCUAUCGAUGCGCCUGCGCUCGCAGAAUCUAGUAUCGAAACCAACAGACCGCCCACAACUCCCAGCCCAACCGCGCCGCAUCUACCUAGUCGGCGGCGGAUCGCUAAACCCGGCAAUCGCGCGCGUAUUCGGCGACGUACUAGGCGGCGCAGACGGGGUAUACCGACUCGACGUCGGCGGCAACGCGUGCGCGCUCGGCGGCGCGUAUAAAGCGCUAUGGGCGCUCGAGCGGCGCGACGAGAACGAGAGCUUCGACGAUCUGAUUGGGAAGCGCUGGCGGGAGGAGGAUGCUAUCCAGAAAGUGGACGACGGGUUCCGCGACGCGGCGUUCGCGAGCUAUGGGAAGGUGCUGGGAUAUAUGGAAAAUACUAAUGCAGCGGCAGUAUUUCAAUUGCCUUUCGAGUUGAUCCGCGAACGCUACUUUGUCAGAUAUGAGCAGCGAUCUCCAUUCGUACAGAAGGCAUCCCUAUUUGAAGACCUCGUCAUCCGGUGUGUUCGCUAUGCGUUUGCAAACAUACCUCCUAAGGUUGGGAGGGUAUUCUUUUCCAAGCCGGUGGCCCUGCCAUUCCUGAAGUUUAGAAUGUUGCGGCAUGGCUAUUUAAGAUCUCCCAUAUAUUGGCAUGAGCAUAAUGAUAAGCGUUUCAAAGGAAUAUGGAUCAUCAAGGAUCCAACAGCAAAACCCGAUGUUUGCAUAUUUUACGCGCAUGGGGGUGGCUUCUCGAUGGGCUCGGCAUACUUUUACCUCGAGUUUCUGCUCACAUGGCUAAGCCUAUUAAAUGAUAGCGGAUAUAAGAACCCAGCUGUCUUUGCUCUGGACUAUUCGCUGGUCCCCGAUGCCAACUUUCCAACGCAGCUAGAGGAAGCCAUUGCCGGCUACGAGCAUGUGCUUUCAACGGUGCAAGAUGCUAAUAGGAUUUGCGUCAGCGGAGACUCAGCUGGUGCUACCAUUGUGCUCAGCUUGCUGCUCCAUCUUGCUAAUAUCGGCCGCCACCUUGAAAAGAUGAAUAGAACUACCGGGACAUGGCGCCUGGCAAAACCUGGGAUGGCAGUGCUUAUUUCACCUUGGGUAACGCUGGUCUCUAGCAAGCAUCAAAAUACCACAAGUGACUACCUUAACGCCGAAAAUUUGCAUCGAUAUGCACACCAGUACGCAGGAGAGAAAGUGUCGGUAAACGAUCCGCUUUUAUCACCGGGCAAUUGUAGAGACGUUUCGUGGUGGAAGCAUGCAACACCCUCGAGAGGCAUAUUUGUGGCUUAUGGUGCCGAAGAGGUCUUUGCGCCCGAAAUUUCAGCUCUUAUCAAGUUCUUGGAGGAAAAUAACAUAAAAGUUCACAGUAAAGAAGAAAAAGGAGGAAUUCAUGCUUGGCCGGUAGCUUGUCUAUUUCUUAGUAGCUCACCAAGCAAUAGGAAAAAAGGACUAAAGUCUUUAGUAGAGGAAAUUCGAGAUAAUAUUCAUUAG